ACUCAUACGUGACAAAUCAAUGACCGCCUCAUCUUUGGACUUCGAGGCUGGCUGUCUCUUUGCUUUGGCACCUCUCCAAGCCGAGGGGAGCCAGCGGUCCCUUCUCUCUCCGCCUCCCGGCGCUCGGGGACCUCGGAGAAAAGACCUCCGGGGUCCGCUCAGACCUUCCUCCGGGUUCGGGGCGCCUCCCCGAGGUCGGCCGAGGCGGCGGCUGCUCUCGCAGUCCCAUGGAGAGCUCGGAGGAGGGAGGAGCCGCCGCAAGCCCGGCCGACAUGGCAGCCAAACUGCACGCAGCCAAACGCGCCCUGCGAGCGGAGCUGAAGCGCCGCCUGGAAGGGCUGAGCGAAGCCGAGAAGCUGCGCCAGUCGCGCCUGCUGGCCGGCAAGGUGGGUGGGUGAUGGUGCAUCCUUGCUACCUAUCUUCCCGGCGCAUUGCAGUCUUUCUGAGCAUGCCGGAUGAGGUCCAGACCAAUGAAAUCAUUAAAGACAUUUUUCAAAAAGGCAAGGAGUGUUUCAUUCCAUGGUACAAGCCCCAAAGCAGCCACAUGGACAUGGUCAAGCUAGCUUCCUAUGAAGAAAUUGCCUCGCUUCCUCUGACAUCCUGGAAUAUCCAUCAACCAGCUGAAGACAAUAGGCGGGAAGAUGCAUUGGCAACAGCAGAUGGUCUGGAUCUCAUCCUGAUGCCGGGACUUGGUUUUGACAAAAUGGGGAACAGGCUGGGAAGAGGAAAAGGGUAUUAUGAUACCUACCUCCAACGAUGCCUGCAGCAUCCAAAAGGAAAACCGUACACAAUUGCCUUAGCUUUCCAAGAACAAGUAUGCGGUAUGGUCCCUGUGUCUGAAACGGAUAUGAAAGUGGAUGAAAUCCUCUUUGAAGGAUUUGAAAACUCCAAGCAAGAACUUUGAUGAGUGACUGACCAUUGCUUUUGUGAUGACCCGGAGUGUAACACAAACGUAACAAAAUCCAAAAUGUAAAUAAAUGUCCUUUAAUGCUUCCAA